UCUCAGUCCACUAAUGGCUGCCACGCUUUACUACCAAAGAUGCUGGAUGAUGUACACUAUAUGGGUUUUGACGGGUGUUGUGGUAUUUGCGAUGCUGUGGGUCAUCAUCAUCACUCGGUUGCAUGCCAUGUAUCAACGAUCCAGAAAGAUCCUGAUAUUUCUCGUUGUCAUCUUCCUGGCAAUCAACACUUUUGUUGGAGUGACAGUCUUAAUGUCAACGAUGCAUACUUCAGGAGAGGAACUCAUUCUCUCCGGAACCUACCAGUGCACGAUUGGCUAUUCAGGAGAUCCCAUAGUUCUGGAUUCUGUUACUUGGAUACUCUCCAUUGUUUGGGAGGUCCUCACACUAUGUCUCGCAGUCUGGAUCGCAGUAAAACACUUCUGUGAACUACGAUUACAUGCGACAGGAGGGAUUAUCGGGGACUGUUUUACUGUGUUGAUUAAAACUCAUGUGGUUUACUUUGCGAGCUUCGUCAUUGUUUCGUGUUUCUCCCUCAUCCUUGAUUUCUCUCCGACAUCAUUAACGAGCCACAAUCCCCUAGAAUAUCAGACUUUGUUGGGCUUGUUGCAGAUUUUGGAGGUCGUGCAGAUGUUCGUGCUAGGACCACGGCUGAUCCUUGACGUCCGGGAAUAUAAUGCCAAACUUGUGGAUGACUCCGAUGCAGCAACCGGCAUGACCUCAAUCGCUUUCCAAGAGCGCGUGCAUAUAUCGACUAGCAGUAGUGUGUAAUGCUCAGUGAAGUUGACGAGAACCGUUGUCUAGUGCUCGCAGGGAGCACGGGAAAUUUGUUUUUUGUUUCUAUUCCAAGCCUCAUUGCGGUGCUCAAGUAGUCAUUCAGUGUCACAAAAUAGAUGUCAAGGUCCAAGGAGACAUAGGUUUAGGCAAUAUUUUCGUCGUAGUAUUUAUUCGAAUCAUUUGCUAUAGGUCUUGACAUUGACAAUG